AACCAAACACCAAGCAAACCAGCCUGCCCAGUUCUCGGUCAGCUAUAUCAUUCUCUUCCUCUCUUCCCUCUCAGCACCUCCAUAGUCUCCCUCAGAUAAUCGCACCUUCAUUAAGUCCUCUCUCUCAGAUAAUCACAUAUGGCUCCUGAGCUCGUUCCCUCCGUUCCGAAAUCCACGGGCUUCACCCGACCCGCCACCCUUCCGAGGCGUGCGUACGUCACUUUCUUGGCCGGCAACGGCGACUACGUGAAAGGCGUAGUCGGAUUGGCCAAGGGCUUGAGGAAUGCUAAAACGGCGUACCCUUUAGUCGUUGCGGUCUUGCCCGACGUCCCUGAAGACCACCGCCGCAUUCUUGAGUCGCAGGGUUGCAUCGUCCGGGAAAUCGAACCAGUUUACCCGCCAGAGAACCAGACCCAGUUCGCCAUGGCCUAUUACGUCAUCAACUAUUCCAAGCUCCGUAUAUGGGAGUUUGUGGAAUACGACAAGAUGGUAUACCUGGACGGAGACAUUCAGGUGUUCGACAAUAUAGACCACCUCUUUGACCUGCCGGACGGCAACUUCUACGCCGUGAUGGACUGUUUCUGCGAGAAAACGUGGAGCCACACGCCGCAGUACAAGAUCGGGUACUGCCAGCAGUGCCCGGAAAGAGUCAAGUGGGACUCCGAGCUGGGCCCACCUCCGUCGCUCUACUUCAACGCCGGGAUGUUCGUGUUCGAGCCCAGCGUUUUGACCUACCAAGAUCUCUUGAAGACCCUCAAGGUCGCCCCAACGACGCCGUUUGCUGAGCAGGACUUUUUGAACAUGUAUUUCAGGGAUAUUUACAAAUCAAUCCCUCCGGUUUACAAUUUGGUCCUGGCCAUGUUGUGGCGUCACCCCGAGAAUGUUGAGCUCGACAAAGUGAAAGUCGUGCAUUACUGUGCAGCAGGAUCAAAGCCAUGGAGGUAUACUGGGAAGGAAGAGAACAUGCAGAGGGAGGACAUCAAGAUGUUGGUGCAGAAAUGGUGGGACAUUUACAACGACGAGUCGUUGGACUACAAGAAGCAGCAGAGCAGUGCUGUGGUUGCGGCGGUUGAGGCUGAGCAAGCGGUGGACAUGCAGCCUUUCAUUGAGGCUCUAUCCGAAGCCGGUGCUUUCCAGUAUGUGACUGCCCCUUCUGCGGCUUAGUGAAAGGCAAAAGCGUAAAUGUGAGAAGGGGAAGAAGUAGUAGUAAGAAAGUGAGCUUUUGCUUUUAGCUUAAUUUGUUUUGGUUUUUAAUUUGUACCAUACUGGGAGUGCUUGGUUUGUGGAAAGUAAGCGCCGUUGAUGUAAUCAUCUUCUUAAUUUUGAAGCAAUGGUGCUGAAAUGUGAAAUACAUGGUCCAAUAAUUAGCUAUGACUUGCAGUCUAUUUUUGGGUUUGAUUUGUUA